AGUCCCACGGUCGAAGUUGGGCGCGCGGGGCGGGGAGCGCGCAGUGCUGCAGCCCGACGGCGGCGCGGCGCGUGCGGUGGCUGGGCACGAUGACGAGAUGCUGCCGCUGACAGCGGCGUCGAGGGCGGAUAAUGAGCGGCUUCAGUAAGUGUUGGGACGGAUGGACGGAGGGCCAGUGUCAGCGCAGGGUGGAAUAACAGUGCGCUGUUGUUGCUGCUGCUGCCGCCGCCUUCUGGCUCCGGGAUGCUGUCACCUCUCCCGCGCGCUCCCCCCUCUGCUAUCCGGACAGGGGACACAGGCGGAGAAGUGACCCGCCGGCGUCGGACUUCGCUCAGCUCUCAGCCUCGGGAUGGACCGGCGGGGGAGUAGAGGCGCAGCCAUGGAGAAACCGCGCAGAGCCGGGGAGGAAAUGCCGAAAUCGAGGGAGGACGCGCGCAAAGAGAAGAAGCCGAGAGCCGGGAAGCUUUUCAGGAAGAAACCGCUGAGGUCCGUCGGGAGUUUCGUGACCAGGAUCGUCAAGACUUUGGGCACUUUCGCCCACUUUGGAGACGCGGACGCGCGGGACGCCGAGGACGACGACGGGGGCUUUCGGACCGGCGCACCUUGCACGCUCAGCGCCGGCUCGGGAGUCCUCCGAGAGGACGCGCAGGUGGCCCGGGACCGAGCGGCGAAGAACGCCGCGGGCGCGUCCGCCUCCGGCUCCCUGCGCGGCGGCCGAGAGAAGCUGCUCUGCCGCUACGGAGACAAGACGCCCGGCGUGCUGGGGCUCAAGAACCACGGGAACACCUGCUUCAUGAACGCCGCCGUCCAGUGUCUGAGCAACACCGACCUGCUCGCGGAGUACCUGGGCCUGGAGCGGUACAAGCUGGACCUGCGUCUCACCGGCGCGGACGGGCCGCGGCUGGCCGGGGGAGAGGUCACGGGGCACUUGGCGUCGCUCGUCCGGGCCCUGUGGACCCUGGAGUACACACCGCAGCUGUCCGUGGACUUCAAGACGAUAGUGUCCAAGUAUGGAUCGCAGUUCCGUGGUAAUUCCCAACACGAUGCCCUGGAGUUCCUCCUGUGGCUGCUGGACCGCGUCCACGAAGACGUCAAUCUGGCCUCCCACAACAAUAACAACAAGACCCAGCCUAUCGGAAAGGGCCCCGGUGGAGCCGAGGAGCAGCCGACUCCGGACCCGCUCCAGUCCCAGCAGCCCCGAGUCCAGCACAGCUUCGUCCAGGAACACUUCCAGGCCCAGUACAAAUCUUCCCUGACAUGUCCCCACUGUCUGAAACAGAGCAACACCUUUGACCCUUUCCUCUGCAUCUCACUCCCCAUACCUCUUCGCCAGACCAGGCUGCUGUGUGUGACCCUGGUGUUCAGCACCAAAGGACAGCGGUACCUGCGCACCGGGCUGGCCGUGCCUCUGUUCGGCUCCGUGGCCUGCCUGAGGAGGAUGGUGGCCGACGAGGGCAAGCUUUCUCCAGACCAGGUGAUCCUGACAGAGGUUUACUCCACAGGGUUCCAGCGCUCCUUCUUCGAUGAGGACGAUCUAACCAGCAUCGCUGAGAACGAUAUCGUCUACGCCUUCCAGGCUCCGCCCCUCUACAUCCGAGGAGGCUCUGCACGCAUCUCAGGGUACCACCACAGCCUGCCGUCGUCCCCAUACGCCACCGGUCCUGAAGGUCAGAGGUUACCUCCGUCUGGUACGCUGUCGUCAGAGUUCCUCAACCAGGGCGUCCCGGUCAAGAUUCUGCUGUUGGUGUGCAACGCUGCGGGGGCAGGCCAACAGGCUGUGAGGUUCGGCCCUCCGUUUCUAAUGAGGGAGGACCGGUCUAUUUCCUGGGACCAGCUGCAGCAGAGCAUCCUCAGCAAACUUUAUUACCUGAUGAUCAACGGAGCCCAGGCACAGAACACCAGGGUGCUGUUCAACAUCCGCGUGGUGGGAGGAUCAGCGUUUUACAGCUACCUGUCACCGCAGGACGGGCGACCACUCUACCACCCUGCUGUGGACAGGGCUCUGAGGCUCUGCAGCUCAGGAGGACCUCCCCACGUGAAGCUCAUCAUCGAGUGGGAGCACAGAAUCAAGGACUGCCUGUUUGGGAACAUUCAAGAGGAGGUGGUGAAGGAUGCAGAGAGCGUGAGAAGUCAGCAGCAGCAUGUCCAACAGUACAGCUGCACCUUGGACGACUGCUUCCAGCUCUACACCAAAGAGGAACAGCUUGCCCCAGAUGAUGCCUGGAAGUGCCCGCACUGCAAGCAGCUGCAGCAGGGCAUGGUGAAGAUGAGCCUGUGGACGCUCCCGGACAUCCUGAUCCUGCACCUGAAGCGCUUCAGGCAGGUGGGCGAGCGGAGGAACAAGCUCACCACGUUCGUGCAUUUCCCGCUGGCAGGCCUGGACAUGAAACCUCACAUGGUGAGCCGCAACCACAGCAUUCAUCAGCUCCCUCUCCAGCCUGGGUGGAAGCAGUCCCGCCGCCCCGACGCAGCUCCCCCUGACUACCUGUACGAUCUGUAUGCCGUGUGCGACCACCAUGGAGGCAUGCACGGUGGACAUUACACAGCCUUCUGUAGGAACUCGGUUGACGGCCAGUGGUACAGCUAUGACGACAGCAGUGCUGAGCCGGUUCCGGAGGGGGAGGUGUGCACACGUGGAGCCUACAUCCUGUUCUAUCAGAGGAGAAACACCAUCCCGCCGUGGUCCGCCAGUUCCUCGGUUACUGGUUCCACCAGCUCGUCCACCUCUGAUCACUGGCUGGUCCGGCUGUCGGGGGGCAGUAAGAGGGGCAGCGUGGUGUCCGGAGGACCCACCCCUGCAGCACCAGGGCCCACACAGGCUCCAGAUUCUCCUGAGCUGCCAGUGUUUGGAGAGGAAGCCCCCAAAACCGUGGAAACAAACGGGUUCGAGGCCAAGCCAUUUGUCCGUGGGACCCAAGGCAGGAGUGUCAGCAUGAGAUCGCCGACUAAGUCCAAGGAGACUCUGAGCAAAGUUCUGCCCCUGCGGUGGUCCUUUGGCUCCAAGGACCGCAUCAAACGCCCGACCCAGACCCGACCUGGAGAGCUGGUGGAGUACUUGGAGUCUGGACGCCGGCCACGGUGUACCAAAGACCCCAUCGUCGCACUGGUGGCCACGCCACAGCUGAGGACAGCCCAGCGAAGAGCCUUUGACGGAGGACAGGACUGCAGCUCACCGAGCGGCAGCAGCCUCAGUUGUACAGACAGACCCUGCUCCGACACGUGUUACUCCCCAAAACUCCCAGAGGGACAGAGCAGAGCUUGUGUGGAGAGAAACAUCAGCCAGGCUGUCAGUAACGGCAAAGCCAGAGAUGAUUUAUCUCUGAGGCAGAGGUCCUCUAAGAGGGCGAGGCAGGACCAGGGCAGGACCCUGGACCUCCAGUUGCAGAGAGGGGCCAUUCUAGGGGGUCAUAUCAGCCACAGUGCACCACCGAGCAGAGACUCCACUCUGAGAAGAACCAAGGUCCAGACAGGGGGGACCUCCAGGGCACAGAGGGACAUGUUACAAAUGGUCAGUCAACCUGAGGACCGGAGGGGGCAGAGGGCACAGGAGGGUCGCAGCCACGACAGCCUCCUGGCUUUUUUCAAACCUGGAUUCAUGAAGAAAGACGUUCCGAGGUCACCAAACAAGGGGCGGGACAGGCGUCCGGAUGGCCAUGGACAACUGGAGAAGCUGGCAGGCAGCAACUUAGCCAAGUUGUCCCUCUCUAACGGGACGCUGACCACAGUGGCACACGGAGAGGGGAAGACCGGCGUCAUCCCCAGCGGUGACACCCAUAGCCGCAAAGUUCAGCUGGUGAACGGAAAGGCUGGGAAUCACGAGGCCGCAGACAUACAGCGAGCCCACAGCUCCAGCAACAUCCAGACCAAGCUGGAUUUGACAUUUCGCAGAAGCGCCUCCCUGCAGAGGAACGGCGAACUCGUGGUCCCUCCGGCCCGCCGCAUCCUGCUGUCGGACAAGCCCGGCUACGCCACUCUGCAGCGGACGCGCUACAGUACCACCUCCCUGGUGCCUCUGUGACAGCCCAGAAUGACUUUUGAUCACUCGGACCUCUCUUCUGAUCUCUACGCUUCGCACACAGAGAAGCGUCCCAGCAAGAGGCACCGCUGGAAAACAACGUACAUGUUCUCGCUGCCCCUUCCUAGUACUGUUAUGAGUUCUCUACCUGUGUGUGUCUUAAAAUGAAUCUGUGCAGAUGGAUUUGCUGAGGAGCAAACCUGCUGUAACGUGAUUUAUCUUGUCUUGUUUUACGUAGCGGUCUAGUGUUGAUAUGUGGUUUUAUUUUUGGAGUUUAUGAUCAACAUUUGAAAUGCAGAGAGUGAUCUGGAGACAUUGCAUGUUUUUAGCCCAUUAUACUUCAUGAAUCCAACACCUGUUUGGUAGGUUAAAGUAGUAUAAACACUGGAGUCCUUUGUCAGAUGAUACAGUUUAGAGAUGAUGGGCUGAAGCAUGUCAACUUGUUCUCAAACACUGCAAAAAAAAAUGGUAUUAACACCUGCACUGUAAAUUGGCUGCUGUAACAACACGCACCCCUGCUUUGUCAUGUAUGAUAGUUUUCCUGUUAUAAUACCAAUGCACUUUCUUUAAAAAAAAGAAGGGAAAAAAAGAAAUUUGCUAAAUGACCGGGACCUGGCAUGACUUCAAGUUUCACUGCUGAUUAAGGGUCCAUUCGACUGAACCAUACUUGGCCAAAAGCAGAUAUUAUUCUCAAUAAUGGUGACAAAUGCUUUGACAUGACCUACAAAUGAAACUCAGAUUUACAAAUAUCUCACACACACAAACACAUAUAUAUAUAUAUAUAUAUAUAUAUAUAUAUAUAUAUACACCCAUUUGUCACCGUUAUUGAGACUAAUUUCUCCAUUUUUUUUCUUCUCUCUGUUUCAGGUUGUCACGAAAGCUAAAAAAACAGAUAGUUAAGGGUGUGUGUGUGUGUGUGUGUGUGUGUGUGUGUGUGUGUGUGUGUGUGUGUGUGUGUGUGUGUGUGUGUGUGUGUGUGUGUGUGUGUGUGUGUGUGUGUGUGUGUGUGUGUGUGUGUGUGUGUGUGUGUGUGUGUGUGUGUGUGUGUGUGGCGCUCAGUUUGAAGCAUCUAUCUCAUUUUGGAUGGAAUUGAUUGACACAAACACGCACACACAUAUUCUUAUUAUUUCUCUGCUGCCACAUUGAUGUGUUGUGUCCUCUGUGAUCACUUCUUCUCACGCUCACAUAUACAGCGUAUGAGUAACCACCACAGGUUGAGUCACAAUAUCUCAUGUAUAUUUAAUUCACAGGUGUCAGUUAUACUCAUUGUUUCUUUAUCUGCACCACUUCUGCUUUUUUGUCUGCCGGAGGAAGAAAAGGAGCAAAAUGUCAAGGCAACAGAGUUGAUGCUAAUUUUCCUGCAUUUCCACGUCAUGAUCUGUCUAAUUAUUUUUUCAUUUUGCAAUUUCUGUAAACUUGUGCAUUACAAAUUUGUCACUAGGGAUUAUUGGGGAAUAGAAAAGUGAGAGUCCUGAUUGGAUGCCUGCACUGUUGCUGUAUUCACAUUUGUUUCAUGUUGUGCCAUUUAACAUUACUGUUUAACUACUCUACCAAAACGAAAUGACUGAAAGUGAAGGAUGUUUCUGAGACAUUACUUGGGGAAAUAUGGCUAGAUUAUAUUUUAUUAUUAACUUUUUUAAAACUCUACAUUUUUUUACCUGAUGUGUAAUUAUGUAAUUUAAGUACCAGAUGAAACUGUAUGAUUCAGGUUAACUGUAUAAGGUCAGAUUAAUACAGAGUCAAUUUGGUUUAUUUGAACACAACACACAAAGGUCCCCGUACUGGAAUGUGUGUACAGUAUAAUGUCUGCUUAAUGCUGCAAGUUUUAUGGGUCGCAAAUUAAACACAGAAUUUCUCACAAAUGAA